AUGCUAAAAGGUUCUGAAAGCCGCUUUCUGAAUGAAUGGGUCGUUGAAAUAAUCGGUGGCAAAAAACGUGCGCAGAAAAUCGCGCAAUUAAAUGGAUUUUACUUUGCUGGCCAAGUGCGAGGCUUUAACAAUACAUAUCUGUUGAAACGAAGAGCCAAUCGGCAGAAACGAAAAACGUUUCAUAAAUCAAGGAAGUUUAAAAAAUAUGUAAAAUGGAUGGAGCGGCAAAUUCUCUUGGAACGCCACAAACGUGAUUUCACCGACAAAACUUCAUUUGAUGACCCCUUAUGGCCUAAACAAUGGAUUUUGCACGAUGAUAAAACGAAAAAUCAAAUGGAAUUGAUUAUGAACAUUACUGGCGCAUGGAAUCUUGGUUACACUGGAAGUGGAAUCGUCAUUUCAAUAAUUGAUGAUGGAUUAGAAUACAACCAUAGCGAUCUUGCAGCUAAUUAUGAUAGCAAAGCCUCAUAUGAUCUUAUCAAUAACAACAAUGAUCCAAUGCCAAUUAAAAAUGGGUUGAACAAUCAUGGAACCAGAUGUGCUGGUGAAAUAGCGAUGGUAGCAAAUAAUUCCAUAUGCGGUGUUGGCAUUGCUUAUCGUGCUUCGAUCGGAGAAUGGACUUUUACAAAAAAGCAUAGUGACGACCGGAUUUUGAUUGUAUUAAGAGAAAAGAGCACACACGCUUUCCGACUUUCAGAGAGUGUUAAAGCUUAUAAUGGUUUGACGGAAGGCUGUAAGUGA